AUGCUCUCAGUCUUUUUGAAAAGUUUGCUCUUGAUUCUUGGGUCAGUCGGAGGCCUCGUGGGGUUUGGAAUAGGCAUUGUAAAGGCCAUAGACUACAUCGAGGACAAGGCAUAUGCUGCAAAGAAACACAUAGAGGCCAUAAUACAGAUAUCGGCUGGGCUUCACGUCAUCCUCUUGCUGAGGGGGGUUUCUAUCCUUCAAAUCCUCUUCAGCCUGUCGAUACAGUAUGCAUUCUACUGCCUCCUCGACAUCUAUCCUCUUGUGAAGAUGGACAAUCCAUACUUUGUGUAUGGAACGAUUGCCUCGCUUUUCAACCAUUUUCUUGUGAUAAGGUUGAUUUUUUCUAAGUCUGCUGUCUACGGAGCAGAAAUUGUGCUCUACUUUGCAUUGGUUUGGACUACUCCCUUCUGCUUUUUCCUGAGCCUGAGUGCAAAUGACGAGGUUCUAUUUGUAAGGGGAAAGGCAUCCUCGAAUACAAUCAUCGGAAACCUUCUAAAAAAGUAUCUCUAUAAAGAAAAGAAAUAA